AUGAAGUUCAAGUCACCAGAGCUUCCAGCAAACCCGACACCCGAGCAGUGGCGAUGGUUGAGAAAGUGCUUCACCGAUGGACUGGCUAUCAAUGACAUUACCGAUGAUGGUCAUCAACUCAUCCAUCUACGUACUCAGGCCGGUUCAGAUUUGUUUUCUCUUCUAGAAGAAGCAACUACACUAAAUGAAGGUUUGACCAUUCUUGAUCGCCAGUUUAAGAAACCGACAAGAGUCCUGUACGAAAGGCAUCAACUGCUGACAUGUCGACAGAAGCACGGUGAGUGCGUAACUGAUUUUGUUAAACGCUUGAAGGUAGCAGUUCAAAAGUGCGAAUGCAAGGAGAUGACUGCUAAACAACAUCAAGAUGCUCUUCUCAGAGAUGUUUUAGUUUCUGGCGUCGAAUCAGAUAUGAUCCGGGUGCGUUUGCUCGAGCUUACAGAUGCUGAGGCGACGUUGGAGCACUGCAUAUCAGUAGCAUGUGCAGUAGAAGUUUCAAACGAGUUUUCACGUCAGUUCAAAACUGACAACAACGAAGCGACCUCAUCACUUGCCUACGCAGAGGUCGAGGAAGAAAACAGCGAAGUACUCAAUGCGGUUCGUAACAGCAACAAGCCUGCUCAAAAGUAUAAACAAAGCACUGCGUCCGGGCGUAGAGGGUCUAGCUGUCAGUUUUGUGGGUUGAAUGGCAACCACAUGCGUAGAAACUGCCCUGCCCGAAAUGAUUCUUGUCAUAAAUGUGACAAAGCAGGUCAUUGGGCAGCAGCUUGUAAACCAACUACGGGCCCAAAUGACAAUAGAAGUGACAAAGACAAAGGCGUGAAUGCUGUUUUGUGUUCUUUGUCGUCCGAGACUGCUUUCUUCGAUGAAGUUUUUGUUCAGAGUAAACAUAAAGUUAAAGCAUUAAUAGAUACUGGUGCUACUGGGUCUUUCGUAUGCUCACCUGUUAUCGAGCAGUUGAACUUGCCAAUGUCUUCUCAGGUCUCGAAUACUAUGAUGGCAAAUCGAACCAGUUUGGAGUGUGUGGGAUUUUCGACAGUUCCUGUUGAAAUUCAAGGCCACAAGUAUACUGUCACUUUCAAGGUAGUUGAUCGUUUGGUUGCUGACAUGAUCAUAGGGACUGAUGUUUUAGGCGAACAUACAAGUAUCGAAUUCAAACCAGGCGGCCACAGACAGCCAAUCAGUUUCACAAAACCUUCAGGUUCGCAGUCAGUCGUAUCCAUGCUAUCUGCCAUGUUUCCAGCGCUUCAAGUAGAGCCACCAACUCUUUUCUCUGAAAGAACACUCAAGGUAGCCGAGCCUGUCCGAACGAAGUCACGUUUCUCAUCACGAUCGGAUCGUGAUUUUAUGGACAAGGAAGUAGAAAGACUCUUGGAGUCAGGAAUAAUUGAAGUGUCGCAUUCACCAUGGCGUGCGCAGGCUUUCGUUGUUAAAGGCAACAAUCGCAAGCCCAGAAUGGUAAUUGAUUACUCAGAAACUAUCAAUAAGUAUACAGAAGUCGACGCGUAUCCUUUCCCUGAUCCUGAUUCUAUGAUUGAUGAAGCAGCUGAAUGGAAGGUUUUCUCCAAAAUUGAUUUGAAAUCAGCUUACCAUCAAAUUGAAAUUCGGGAAAGUGAUAAACCUCUAACGUCGUUCGAAGACAAUGGGAAACUUUAUCAGUUUUGUCGCUUACCAUUCGGAAUAACGAAUGCAGUACCUGUUUUCCAGAGGUGCAUGGACUCUAUAUUUAGUGAACAUAAGUUAUUAAAGACGAAAGCCUAUCUUGACGAUGUGAUAGUGGGAGGCAACGAUAAAGAAGAGCAUGACCAAAACCUGCACAAAUUUUUAGCCGUUUCUAAGGAGCUUGGAAUGACUCUUAAUAAAGACAAGUGUUCGUUUGGUAUAACGAAGAUCAGUAUGUUAGGCCAGAUACUUGAGAACGGGACAAAGCGACCUGAUCCAGAAAGGUUACAAACAUUGAUGAAUUAUCCUGUUCCUACCACAGCAGUUCAGUUGCGACGACUUCUAGAUUUUUUUGCUUAUAAUGCAAAAUGGGUGAGUGAUUAUUCAAAUAAAAUCUUGCCGAUAUUGCAAGCACAAAGUGCCAAAGGUUUUCCCCUUUCUCCAAAAGCUCUCGAUGCAAUUGAGCAAUUGAAGGCCGACAUUGCCAAAUCUUCACUUGUCAUACCUGAGAGCAAUGGAACUCCAAUCAGAAUAGAAACGGAUGCCUCUGGUUCUGCUAUAGGAGCAUCACUUUCGCAGAAUGACAGGCCGAUUGCGUAUUUUUCGCGUACUUUAUCUAAUGCUGAACAGAAGCAGUCCGCAGUCGAACUUGAAGCGAUGGCAGUUGUGGAAGUUUUCCGAAAAUGGGAACAGUUUAUACGAUCUUAUCCAACGUCGGUUCUCACUGAUCAAAAAGCCAUUGCUUUCAUUUUCUCCCGUCAGAAGUCUCGUAUCAAGAACGAGAAGUUGAUCCGUAUUGAUCUUGUUGGGCCAAAAACUCAAUCUAGCAAGUCUGGUGCUGUGCACAUGCUAACUGUCAUUGACGAGUAUAGUCGUUUUCCUUUCGCAUUUCCCAUUAAAGAUACCAGCAGUAGUAGUGUCCUUGCAUGCCGCGACGCUUAUUUGAAAAAGUUUGUCCGCAACAAGGACGAUCCAUUAGUGACUGAUACAGUAUCUACCGGAAGGACUGAUACAGUAUCUACUUCUUCGUUGGCCCCUGGAGUGGGUGUUCCUCCGGUACAAGAUGAGUCACGUAUGCCUGCUAUUGGUUCUCAAGUCUCCGAACCUUUAGAUCAACCGGUGGAAGUAGAUGGUGAACAAAUGGAUAUUAAUGAGCCGAACCCUCCGAAUGAAGUAUCUGAUACAAACACGUCUGAACCCACGGGAACGACGGGGGAAUUCGAUGAAACAAUCAACAGUCAAAAAAACGUUGUGCGAGUACCAAGCGAGCAAGUUGGCCGAAGAACGAGUUGUCGGAAUAGAAAACAAACUCAAUUUUAUGGCUCCACUGUUGGGAGCUCAGAGAUAAAUGAAGAACCCGAAGAUGAUGAAAUUGUAUGGCGUUAUGAAUGA